UUCAGGGAAACCGAAUGCCGGACGAGAUCUGAAAGUUGAAUUAAACGGUGUGUUGUGAUCCCGGUGUCUGAAGUUCAGUCCGACUUCGUUUUCAGUGAAUCGUAGGUGACAGGGCCUAUUUUUACAAAUCAUGUAUAAUCCGAUCGACGGCAUUUCGUCCUAGGCUCUAGCCUGAAUUUUUUUAUUGAUAAUCGACGAGACGAUGAACAUUACGUGCUGCAUUUGUGCCGAGCUUCUUGUACCCUCGGACGAUGUGACUUUCACACCAUGCGGACAUUUCUUUCAUUUCGUAUGCGUUACUCACUGGUUGGAAAGGUCCAAGACUUGCCCACAAUGCAGAACAAAGGUCACAGAAAAAACAAUCCACAGAGCAUAUUUCAAUUUUUCGAACACAGACACAGAUCGAGAAAAUGUUGGACAGCUUCAUAGUAAAAUUGACAGUUUGAAAUUUGAAAUCAAACUGAAAGACUUGGAUAUUAAGAAUUGUGGAGAAGAGAAUGCAAAGUUUAAGGCACAGAACAUCGGCCUUCGGGCAGAAGUUAAGAAACUUGAGAUUGAAAUUGAGAAACAGAGGUCUGCCAUUUACGCCCUUAAGGAGCAAGCCAAAUACUUGAAAGAAAAAAGCUCUGAUGCUGAUGCGGCUCAGAAAGAAGUUGUUAGGUUGAAAGCAUGUCUUCAACAAUGCCACCAAAUACAAACACUCAUAACUGGUUCACAAGCCGAAGUAGACAGAAUGCUCAGCGAAUCACAUGACAGAGAAUCGCUUAUCACAUAUCUCUCCAUAAUGAAACGGGAAAUGAGCUGCAGCUUACAGAGACGCAAGGAAAUCCGAGAAAGAGUCAGAAAGCUACAAGAAGAACUCCUUGUUGUUAAAUCUGAGCGAAAUGAUCUUAUGCGGAAAGAAAGUAAAUUCAGACAAUUGGAAGCAAACUUGAUUCAUUGCGAGAACGAGAAGAAAUCGUUGGAAUUGAAACUCGAAGAACUCAAAAGUCAACUUACUUCGAAUACCACAUUGCGAACCAGCGAAGACAUUCAACGAUAUAUUGCCGAAAGUCCAGCUCCAGAAAGCAUGAAAGCUCCUAAGAAGCGUGCAACAGUACCUGCUAGCAUCGAAUUCGAUGUUGAAACAGACGAUUCACCAACUGUCAUCCAAAGUCCAGCUUUACGGAAACUAAGGAUAUUGAAGAAAUCAGUGGUAAAACCUGAUACCCCUGAACUCAACCCUACGGACGAUUCACUAAGUACCAUUCAGAGUCCAACUUCGAGGAGAAUGAAGAUAUUGAGGAAACCAGUGGUAAUAUCUGAUACCUCCAAACCCGAUACCACGCCUUCGGCAUGCAGUCAAAAGUCUGGUGAUGAGGCAUCGUCGCCAUAUCAACCUCUCAAGUCUCAAGGUGUUGGCAUGUACUCGAUAUUGAGUCAGAGUAGCAGAGUGAGGCCCUCGAGUUCAAGUCUCUCGAUUUUGACAAAAAAACCAAGACUUGAUCUUUCACAGAAAGGGGCGAAAUCUAAGGACCUGCAGUACGACGGUUUUGGUGGACAUUCAAAAGUCGAUGACUUUCCGAGUCCGAUUUUAAAGUGUAAGAAAAAGAAGAAUAACUUGAUGUCAGUCAGAGUUAAACGGUCUAAGACUAGUGAUGACAACAACAAAAAGCUAGAUAAAUUUUUUAUUGACUUAACGUAGGAAGAUUUCAUUAUAUUUUUAACUGUAUAUACAUAAACGAGCUGUUUUAUCAUCACCGGUGAAGUUAGGAGACUGAAGCAAGCCAUUUAUGUUACUUAAUCUAUAUUAUUCAAUCUAUACCCAAUAGGGAAUAUGUUUAUAUAAUUUUUCAAUCUCAAUUAUAGGUUUUUAUAUUUAUUUAACAAGCGAUUUGGAAGAAAAUUUUGCUACACGUGAUUCCGAGUUCGUUAAUAAUCGUGCAAAUCGCCAACGUAUUUCAAUUACAUGCAACCCGUGUUUCAUAUAUUACUCCAAGAUUAUUACCCUGGCAUAAUGCGAUAUCUGCCAAAGUUUGUGGUCAGUUAAAAUGCAACCAGUCGGUAAUCCUGGCGGUGGCGUCGUCCUGGUGGCGAUUCUACGAAUUAGAUUUGCCGCAAUAGAACGGGCGGCAGUGAUUAUGAAUCGUGAAAAACGGCAUUGUUUUGACGCCAGAAAUUAACCC